AUGAUUCCGCUUUCACUAGUCUACGUUGGAGAGUAUCUGAUAAACCAAGGAGUGUCUCAACUAAUUAUUUUCAACUGCUCCGAAGGCUUUCAUCUUAACUACAACGCUCAAUAUCGGUGGUAUCAGGCAAGUGCUUCCGUAAAUUCGAUAAAAUAUGACAGCAAAGACGAGAUCAACUUGGAAAAUAUGGUUAAAUGA